UUGGAGGUGGCGGACGUCGCUAUUUAUCCGGCAGCAGCAGCAGGAGCAGCAAUCAAUGAGUGGCGUCAGCAGAGGUUCUGUAAUGACGAUUGCACCAUUAAGGAUGACAGCUUAGAAGAAGAGGGCAAUGGUGAUCCCUCCCAGAGCCAGUCCAGCACAGGAGAGUGCAGGCAGCACAGGGUCAUCAUCUGUGUCUCUCUCUAUCUAGUCCUGCCUGGCUCACACUCACACACACCAUGGAAGCCAGAAAGGACAUGGUCAUGUUCCUGGAGGGAGGACAACUUGGCACUCUAGUUGGCAAGAGAAUGUCUAAUUUGUCGGACGCAGUGGGAAGCCCCAUUCAGGAGCCGCAGGAGAAAAUGCUUCCUAGAAGCUGCUUGAGCCCUCGGCCUGGCCCCUUGGCAUCCAGGGAGCGGGCAGAGGAGGAGGUGGAGGUGGUAUCAGGGAGCGAGCCGGACAGCAGGGCAUCAGCAGCGCUCCUGCACCCCUCGCCCCACCCGGAUGCCCUCUCAGCCAAGGGGCACCACAGCAGCUCGGACACUGAGUCGGAUUUUUACGAGGAGAUUGAAGUGAGCUGCACCCCGGACUGCACCACAGCCAGCUCAGAGUACCAGCACAGCAAAGGUCAGUGUUCUGAGACCAUGGGUGGCAGUCCUGUGAAUGGAAGCGAUUCAUCAAAGGCAAGCGGUGGAUCUCAGAGCUCCUUGUCCUGUUCUGUGGACCAGAUGCGCAGAUACAGAACAGCCUUCACCAGGGAGCAGAUAGCACGUCUGGAGAAAGAGUUCUACAGGGAGAACUAUGUGUCCAGGCCCAGGAGAUGUGAACUGGCUGCUGCCCUCAACCUGCCAGAGACCACUAUUAAGGUUUGGUUCCAGAACAGGAGGAUGAAGGACAAACGUCAGCGUCUGGCCAUGACCUGGCCACAUCCUGCAGAUCCAGCAUUUUAUACCUACAUGAUGAGCCAUGCAGCAGCCACUGGCAAUCUACCUUAUCCUUUUCCAUCUCACAUACCUCUUCCUUACUACUCUCACAUGGGUAUUGGUACCACUACAGCAUCAGCUGCCACACCCUUUAGCUCCCCACUGAGACCACUAGACACCUUCAGAGUCCUCUCUCAUCCUUACCCAAGACCAGAACUCUUAUGUGCAUUUCGCCAUCCUUCUAUAUAUGCCACACCUGCUCAUGGACUGACUGCUGGUGGCACCCCCUGCUCCUGCCUGGCAUGCCACUCUACUUCUCCUAAUGGGCUGGCGCAAAGGUCUGCAGCAUCUGACUUUAACUGCUCAUCAUCUUCAAGAUCAGAUUCCUUUCUCACUUUCACACCCUCAGUCUUGAGCAAAUCCUCCAUUCCUUUAGACCAGAGGGAAGAAGUACCCCUGACCAGAUAA